AUGUUAAGAACCGACUUUUGUUCCGGUGCCACAACCUCAAGGUACAUCCUCUUCGACGCCUACCGCGACCUGGCGACUGGCGCGAAAACAGUGAAAUUCGAAAAAGUGACAGUGAAAAAGACCGUACGUCACGUGACUUCCACCUCGAGCAGCUCAACUUCCGUGAGACAGCUGUCCACCAGUCGAACUCCUUCUGAAGAGCGGAUCCUGGAGGAUUCCGCUUACGUGGACAGCAUGCCUCGAAAACCUCCUCCUCCUCCUCGCUCGCUGGGAGGUUUCCCUCCAACGAGCAACUAG